AUGGGUCUUAUGAAAAAGGCUGAAGAAGCCCUGAUGGGCCACCCCCAAGAGUCGGCCCGCUCCACGAACCAUGGACCCCACGACUCCAACAUUCUCAACAAGCUGGACCCCAGGGUCGAUAGCGACCAAGACAACCGUGUUCGCCACGAGGCCAUGGGAGGUGCCGCCGGCCCACACAGCUCUGCCAUCGCCAACAAGGCCGACCCGCGAGUGGACAGUGACAGAGACAAUCGCGCACACGAUCAUCUUACCACUGGCCAACAGCACGCCGUCCCCCCCAGGGACGCUGGCCUUGGAACUACAGUCCCUCAGACGACCACCACUACCAGCCACGUUGGCUACGGAUCUGCAGUUCCCCAGACGAUUACCACUACCAGUCACGUUGAGCCUCGUGUUGGAACCACUACUGGAGGAGCUACCGGAGCUACCGGAGCUACCGUGGGCCCGCACAGCUCAAACCUAGCGAACAAGCUUGAUCCUCGUGUCGAUUCCGACAUGGAUAACCGAGCUCGUCAGCAAGGCCUGGCUGGUAGCAGCUACAACAACCCUACCGUUGGAACUGCUACUGGAGCUACUACGGGAGCUACUACGGGAGCUACUACGGGAGCUACUACUGGCGCUACCGUGGGACCGCACAGCUCAAACCUUGCGAACAAGCUUGAUCCUCGUGUGGACUCUAAUCUUGGCAAUCCCACCACCGGUACCCAGCGCGGGGCCUUUUAA